AUGCCGCCGGCGAGCGAGAGCUUACUCACCAACUCGCUAAGUACAGUACAUCAGCAGUACACUACUCGCGGCGCACGCUCGAGCUCGCUAGCGACAGUCGUCCGUCAGAGCUCACCGUCAUCCAUGGCUCUCCAGCUCCUCCCCUCCACCCUCUCCGUCCCCAAGAAGGGUAGCAGCAUGGGCGCGGCGGCAGUGAAGGACACGGCGGCGUUCCUGGGCGUGAGCAGCAAGGCGAAGAAGGCGUCGCUAGCGGUGAGGACGCAGGUGGCCACGGCGCCUUCGUCGGUGACGACGAGCCCGGGCUCGGCGACGGCGAAGCCGAGCGGCAAGAAGACGCUGCGGCAGGGCGUGGUGGUGAUCACGGGCGCGUCGUCCGGGCUGGGUCUGGCGGCGGCCAAGGCGCUGGCAGAGACGGGCAAGUGGCACGUGGUCAUGGCGUGCCGCGACUUCCUCAAGGCAUCCAAGGCGGCCAAGGCGGCAGGCAUGGCAGACGGCAGCUACACCGUCAUGCACCUCGACCUCGCCUCGCUCGACAGCGUCCGGCAGUUCGUGGAUGCGUUCCGCCGCGCAGAGAUGCCGCUGGACGUGCUCGUGUGCAACGCCGCCAUUUACCGCCCCACGGCGCGCACGCCGACCUUCACCGCCGACGGGCACGAGAUGAGCGUGGGCGUGAACCACCUCGGCCACUUCCUGCUCGCCCGCCUCCUCAUGGAGGACCUCCAGAAGUCCGACUACCCGUCCCGCCGCAUGGUCAUCGUCGGCUCCAUCACCGGCAACAGCAACACGCUGGCGGGCAACGUGCCGCCCAAGGCCAGCCUCGGCGACCUCCGCGGGCUCGCCGGCGGCCUCAGCGGCGCGUCGGGCUCCGCCAUGAUCGACGGCGACGAGAGCUUCGACGGCGCCAAGGCGUACAAGGACAGCAAGGUGUGCAACAUGCUGACCAUGCAGGAGUUCCACCGGCGGUACCACGAGGAGACCGGCAUCACCUUCUCGUCGCUCUACCCCGGCUGCAUCGCCACCACGGGGCUGUUCCGCGAGCACAUCCCGCUGUUCCGGACCCUGUUCCCGCCGUUCCAAAAGUUCGUGACCAAGGGGUUCGUGUCCGAGGCAGAGUCCGGCAAGAGGCUGGCGCAGGUGGUGGCGGAGCCCAGCCUGACCAAGUCCGGCGUGUACUGGAGCUGGAACAAGGACUCGGCGUCGUUCGAGAACCAGCUCUCACAGGAGGCCAGCGACCCCGAGAAGGCCCGCAAGGUCUGGGAGCUCAGCGAGAAGCUCGUCGGACUCGCCUGA